AACAAGUUAACAUGGACGCAGAGUUUCAACGAAUGAUGAUGGAGCAGCAGGGGAGAGGUCCUGGCAUGCAGGCUGGCGAUGGAACCGUACCAGACAAUGGCGAGAUCAUUCACAUAUCAUCGCUUGCUCUCCUCAAGAUGUUGAAGCAUGGUCGAGCCGGUGUGCCCAUGGAGGUCAUGGGCCUCAUGCUAGGAGAGUUCGUGGACGAAUAUACCGUCCAGGUGGUGGAUGUCUUCGCUAUGCCUCAGUCAGGGACAACGGUGACAGUCGAGUCCGUGGACCACGUUUUCCAAACGAAGAUGCUGGAAAUGCUGAAGCAAACAGGGCGACCGGAGGAAGUUGUUGGCUGGUAUCACUCUCAUCCAGGAUUUGGCUGCUGGCUUUCAAGCGUCGAUAUCAACACUCAACAAUCUUUUGAGUCUUUGGACCCCCGAGCUGUAGCAGUUGUCAUCGAUCCCAUACAAUCUGUGAAGGGAAAAGUGGUGAUCGACGCAUUCCGACUUAUCAACCAAGCCACCGUUAUUUCUGGACGAGAACCUCGGCAGACUACAUCCAACAUCGGCCAUAUCAACAAACCCUCUAUCCAGGCGCUUAUUCACGGUUUGAAUCGACAUUACUAUUCGAUAGCAGUGAACUAUCGGAAGACGGAACUCGAGCAGUCAAUGCUGAUGAAUCUGCACAAGCGGAACUGGACCGAGGGCUUGAAGCUGCGCGAUUUUCAUUUACACAAGCAGGAGAAUGAAAAGGCGAUCAAGUCUAUGCUUGCACUCUCAGCGGCCUACAACAAAUCCGUGCAGGAAGAGUCCACGCUGACCCCAGAACAACUAAAGACGCGACAUGUUGGGAAACAAGACCCGAAGCGGCAUUUGGAAGAGAGGGUCGAGAAAGCCAUGGGGGACCAGGUGGUCCAAAACCUGGGAACGAUGUUGUUGGCUGAGCUAUAG